AUAAAGUCAGCGACGUCACUUCCUCUUUCUCUCUCUUACCCUGCUGCCGCCGCCAUGUCUCUCGUAAUCCCGGAGAAGUUUCAGCACAUUCUGCGUGUCUUGAACACGAACAUUGAUGGGCGCAGGAAGAUCGCCUUCGCCAUCACAGCCAUUAAGGGUGUUGGAAGGCGUUACGCUCAUGUAGUCCUGCGCAAGGCGGACAUUGACCUGUCUAAGCGUGCGGGAGAGCUGACAGAGGACGAGGUUGAGCGCGUGGUCACCAUUAUGCAGAAUCCUCGUCAGUACAAAAUCCCAGACUGGUUCCUGAACAGACAGAAGGACAUCAAGGAUGGCAAAUACAGCCAGGUCCUGGCCAACGGUCUGGAUAACAAACUCCGUGAAGAUUUGGAGAGGCUGAAGAAAAUCAAGGCGCACAGAGGCCUGCGUCACUUCUGGGGUCUGCGUGUAAGAGGACAGCACACAAAGACCACCGGCCGCCGUGGACGCACUGUGGGUGUGUCCAAGAAGAAGUAAAAUGUCUGCCUGUGCUGUUUGUGAAUAAAGUUCUUGUAAAACA